ACCUCGGGUGUGGUCAUGUGAUCUGCUGCAGAAAUACAGCUGAACAGAGCCGAGCAGUCCACUAACUCUGUAACAAUGGCCCGGACGGGAAUAAUCUGCAGCCUGCUGUUAUUAUUCACCUUCACCUUCAACACAGGGCUGUCCGGUCCUCUGCUCGGUAAGGAAGCUUGGGACUAUGUGGAGGUGAGAGACGGGGCCCACAUGUUCUGGUGGCUGUAUUAUGCUGACAACCCGUCUGCAGACUUUAUGGAUCUGCCUCUCGUCAUGUGGCUGCAGGGUGGACCAGGUGGAUCGGGAAGUGGGUUUGGGAACUUUGAGGAGAUUGGACCUUUGAACAGGAACCAGGAGCCCAGAAAGACCAGCUGGGUCCAGGCAGCUAGUGUGUUAUUCGUGGACAACCCUGUUGGAACUGGCUUCAGCUACGCAGACAGACCAGAUGGAUAUGCGACUGACGUGUCCAUGGUGGCUUCAGACAUGCUGGUGCUGCUUCAACGCUUCUUUAAAGAGAAGGAUGAGUUUCAGAAUGUCCCCUUCUAUAUCUUCUCUGAGUCAUACGGAGGAAAGAUGGCAGCUGCAAUCUCCCUGGAACUCACCAAAGCCAUCGCACACGGGUCACUGAAGUGUAACUUUGCUGGUGUGGCACUUGGAGACUCGUGGAUUUCCCCUCUGGACUCUGUGAUGACCUGGGGACCGUACCUUUACACCACCUCUCUGCUGGAUGAUUUCGGCCUGGCAGAUGUCAGCAGCGCGGCGGACGCGGUGAAGAAAGCGGUGGAGCAGCAGCAGUUUGAGAAAGCAACAGAGCUGUGGUCAGUGACCGAGACGGUGGUGGAGCAGAACACAAAUGGAGUCAACUUCUAUAACAUCCUGACCCAGGAGCCGGAUGAGAGAGUCGUCGCUUCAGCAGGAGAAGACUACAUCUCUCUGCAGGCACGUCGCCAUAUUAGACCCCUCCACAGCCAAUCACUGAGCGAGUUGAUGAACGGACCAAUCAGGAAGAAACUGGGCAUCAUCCCUCAGAAUGUCACCUGGGGAGGUCAGGCCGAGGACGUUUUCAGCAACAUGGCGGGAGACUUCAUGAAGCCGGUGGUGGAUGUAGUCGAUCAGCUUCUCGAUGCUGGAGUCAAUGUCACGGUCUACAAUGGCCAGCUGGAUCUCAUAGUGGACACCAUGGGUCAGGAGCUGUGGGUGAAGAAGUUGAAGUGGGAGGGGCUUCCUGGUUUUAAUAAGAUGAGGUGGACCCCCCUGGAUGACCCUGUUGCUCCUGGCAUUACUGGCGCUUUCUACAAGACUCAUAAGAACUUUUCUUUCUAUUGGAUCUUAAAAGCUGGUCACAUGAUCCCCUCUGAUCAGGGACCCAUGGCCUUACAGAUGCUGAAGAUGAUCAUCCAACAGGACUAAACCCCCCAACUACGACGCCAGCUGGAAUGGCUCUGACAAUCACAUUGAUCACAUGAUGUUCUUUUUAUAUUUCACUUUGUGCUAAACCAAAUUCAAAAAUCACAGUUUACUAUGAUUUCAGCACUGACCCGUUUGAAUUGAAGCAACAAUAAAACCUUUUUUUUUAA